GAAAAAUUCUCAUUGUUGGCUCUAGGAGAACGUAUCGGUUGGCGAUAAGAAAAUACGUAAAUUGGCCACAGAAACAAAUUGAAUCGAGAACCGAUUUGACAAGUUUACGACUUUUGAAUUAUAUUUACCGAAAUACUGAGAAAACAGUGCGGUGGUAGUGGCUAUGAGUGAGUGCAGUGUCCAACAUCCAUAUUGAAAUGUUCACAAUACUGAGUACUAUUUACUUGUUAAUCGGGAUCAGCCAGGUGGAGUUGGUGCGUGGCACAGAAUGCCAAUGUGGCAAGCCUUCAGACAGAGUGGUGUCGAUGAGGAUAGUAGGAGGGAGGAGAGCGGAACCGCAUUCAUUUCCAUGGACCGUGGCCAUCUUGAAAUCUGAACGGAUGCACUGCGGCGGAGCGAUGAUCACGAACAAGCACAUCCUAAGCGCGGGACACUGUUUUAAAUGGGAUAAUUUUAAAUCCAUGGAGGUUUUAAUAGGACUGGAUAAUAUGGAUGAUUUAAACCAUGUUGAGAAACGAAAUAUUUCUAGUGUUGUUAUACAUGAAGCGUUUACAUCCACUGCGGUUAGAGAUGAGAAUGAUAUUGCAAUUGCUACGUUGAACGUGCCCGUAGAAUUCAGUGAAACUAUCGUGCCCAUAUGCCUUCCUUUACCAGGUGAAAUUUUUACAAAUAGGAUAGGAACUAUCGUUGGAUGGGGUAGAGUGGGUGUAGAGAAGUCAUCAUCAAAGGUAUUGCUAAAAGCGAGUCUUCGAAUAUUGUCCGAUGAAGAUUGUAUGAACUCGCAACUCGCACAGCACCUCAAGCCUACUAUGAUGUGUGCCUUCUCAAAAGGAAAGGAUGGGUGUCAGGGCGACAGCGGCGGGCCUUUGUUAGUUUUUCAACCUGAAGGAAGAUAUGUUCAAGCAGGUGUUGUCUCAUGGGGCAUCGGAUGUGCAGAUCCCAGGUAUCCUGGGGUCUACACAAAAGUCAGCAAUUACAUCGACUGGAUCACAUCCCAUACAGCGGGCGGACUAAAAUGUGAUCACUAAACAGAAGUAAGAACUAUAUGUAAAGUAGUUAAUAAACAUUAUGUAUUGUAUAUACCUAACAACAAAUAAAAAUAUUCUACUUAAAUUCUACAA